AUGGGCUAUGCGUCGAACAGUGCGGGGCGGGCGGCGCACGAGGCGCUCCUAGCGAGGCAGGAUGCAGAGCUUCGUUUAAUGGAAACGAUGAAGCGAAGCUUACAGGCUAAGAUGAAAAGCGACAGGGAGUACGCUCUCGCGCUGUCGGCCGCCGCCGCGCAAGGACAAAAGAUGGACAAAUGCGAGGAAUUAAACGGAUCUAUUAUAGCUCUCGCAUGGCGAACUAUGACUGAAGAAUGGGAGAACACUAGCCGCCUAAUCAAGGCGAAUGCGGAGGCUUUAGAGUCAAGGGCUCUAGACCGCUUAAACACACUCAUGACCGAGAGACGGAAGGCCCGUAAGGUUUACCAGGAAGACCAUAGCAAAAUAUCCGGUCAAUUUACACAGCUCUCAGAAGAGGUCCAAAGAAAGCAGAGCGAGUACCAGAAAUGCCUCGAGUCUUACAAGCAAAUGAGGGCAAAAUUUGAGGAGAACUACCUUAAGUGUCCAACAAGCCGAGGAGGUCGUAAAUUGGACGAGACCAGAGAUAAAUAUGGCAAAGCGUGCCGUAGAUUGCACAGAGCGCAUAAUGAGUAUGUACUGUUGUUGGCUGAGGCCACCGAGUGCGAGAGAGCUUUACGCACUGCCUCUUUACCCGCGCUACUGGAACAGCAGAGACGGCAGGGGGAAGCUACGGCCUCGUCAUGGAAAGGAAUUUUAGUGGAAGUUGUGCAGAGGUCUGAUUUUAGUUCGGAUAAAUUCAGGGAGAUACAGAGCAAAAUUGAAUCAACCGUAACAAAUUUGAGGCCCCAAGAAGAGUAUAAAGAAUUUAUUGAGAAGUACAAGUCACCACCUUCAACACCAAUUACUUUCAAUUUUGAUGAGAGUUUAGUAGAAGAUACAAGUGGCAAGUUGCAACCAAACCAACUGACUGUUGAUAAUCUUACAGUAGAAUGGCUUAAGGAAAAACUUACUGAGUUAGAAACAUCCCUUCAAGAUAAUAGGGAGAAACAAACAGCGUUACAGGGUCCUGAGAUUAUUGGAAACGGUGUAUGUAAGAAUAAUAACGGAGGGAUGACAAAUGGAGUUAAUGGCAUUGACAGGCAUUCUCCCCCACCAAUACCAGUAACAACAUCAGAACCCAUCAAGCUGCUAGAACUCCGUGUAUCAGAACGCAAAUGCGCGAAGCAGGCGGAGAUGAUACGCGCCGCGCUCGCGGAGCUCGGCUGCGAGGAGGCGCCCAGCGGCUGCCCGGACCUGUCCGCCGAGACCGUGGGCGUCGACAGCUUGGACGGGAGCUCGCCUGAUCACCAGGAUCGAUCGUCUCUCGGAUCAAAAACGUCAAUGGAUGCGUUGCGGUUACACCUGCACUCUAUAGUGCCGCCAAAACCAUUCUUCAGAAUGUUUACGCGUCCAUUCCGACGCAAAUCUGUCCCCUCGAGUCCCGCUUUACCACCAAAAACGUAUAGAAGUAGCAGUGAAGGCCCUUCGGACUCGGUUAGUGUGAGCGAGACAGAGCGAUCAUUAGUGGACCAAGAAUGGUUCCAUGGUGUUCUGCCGAGGGAGGAAGUGGUUCGUUUAUUGCGAGCCGAUGGGGACUACCUAGUACGGGAAACAACUAGGAAUCAUGCGAGGCAAUUAGUUUUGUCUGUGUGUUGGGGGCAACACAAACACUUUAUAGUGCAGACCACACCAGAGGGCCACUACAGGUUCGAGGGCUCGGCGUUCCCGUCGGUGGCGGAGCUGAUAGCGUGGCAGCGCACCAGCGGCGUGCCCGUCACCGCGCGCUCCGGCGCCCUGCUGCGGCGCGCCGUGCCGCGGGAGACGUGGGAGCUGAACAAUGAUCACGUGCAGUUACUGGAUAAAAUUGGACGGGGUAACUUCGGGGAUGUAUAUAAAGCUCGACUAAAGACCACGGGCCAGGAGGUAGCAGUGAAGACGUGUAGAGUCGCGUUGCCUGAAGACCAGAAACGUACUUUCUUACAGGAAGGGCGCAUUCUCAAACAAUACCAACACCCUAAUAUUGUUAGACUGAUUGGUAUCGCUGUGCAGAAACAACCGAUAAUGAUUGUUAUGGAGCUAGUGGGCGGCGGCUCUCUUCUAACCUUCCUAAGAACAAGAUCAUCAAACCUUAGUUCUAGGACGUUGCUAGCGAUGUGUCGCGACGCGGCCGCCGGCAUGCGCUACUUGGAGUCUAAGAACUGUAUACAUAGAGACCUGGCGGCCAGGAACUGUUUGGUGGGAGAUGAUAACAUCGUGAAGAUAUCAGACUUCGGCAUGUCCAGGGAGGAAGAGGAAUACAUAGUGUCGGGGGGCAUGAAGCAGAUACCGAUCAAGUGGACUGCGCCAGAGGCUUUGAAUUUCGGUAAAUAUACGUCUCUAUGCGACGUAUGGAGCUACGGUGUGUUGAUGUGGGAGAUAUUUUCCAAAGGAGACACGCCUUACGCCGGCAUGAGCAACUCUCGUGCGAGGGAGAAAAUCGAUAAUGGUUACCGAAUGCCGGCGCCGGACGGCUGCGCGGAGGACGUGUACGCGCUCAUGCUGCGCUGCUGGGAGUACGAGCCGGACAAGCGCCCGCACUUCCAUCAGAUAUACACUAUCAUUGACAAUAUUUACAACAGA